AUAUGGGGGGGGCGGCGCGGGCAGCGGAGCCCCAUGGCCGGGAGGAGCCGGGGGCGGCCCCACGUUUCCGGCCCGGAGGCGGCAACCUCAGCGGCCGGGACAGCGCGCUCUGACCCGGGGCCGAGCGAGGAGCGGCGGCGGCGCCAUGCGGCCGGCAGAAUCACAAAAUGCUAGAGGUUGGAAGGGGCAUCAGGAGGCUGUCUUGUACAACCACCCUGCUGAAGCAGGGCCACCUAGAGCCAGGACCAUGUCCAGGAAAUACGAAGGAUAUUCUCGUGAUAUAUGAACAAGAAGCAGAAGAGUGGGCUUUGUAUUUAAAAUGUCUUUUUGGACACAUAGUGAAUGAAGGAGGAAUCUUACUCUACAAUCUAGAGACUUCAUCUUUCAAGCACCAGGAGCUGUUCUCUUUACCCUGUUACAAAUGUAAACUCCUGAUACUAUCGUGUGGACUUCUUAACUGCCUGAAUCGAAAGAGGAGUUAUUUUCUGGAGCAAGUUCUAAAACCUCCAGAUAACGUGGUGAUUCUACUUUGUGGGGUGGAGAACUCGGAGAUUCUUUAUGAGAUACUGACCUUAGAUGGAGGCAGCAAAGAGAUUUCCACUGAUCAGGAACCUGAGGAGUAUCUCUCUGUUGUUACUGGAAUUAUUCAACCAGGUAAGCCACAGAAUGAAAAUCUUGGAGACUCUUUGUCUUACAUUUAUGAAGCAGUUCUUGCAGAUGAAGAAUGCAGCCAUGCAGGAGGAACUGGGACUGAGAAUGCUUUUGAGAAAAACAAAGGUCACCACACUAGCUCUGAUGUUAACUUGACAGAUGUCAGGGGAGUAUCAGAAAAAACGGAACUCUGUUUUAAAACAGAGAUGCUUUCUGAAACGUUAGAAACUAAUGAGCAGUCAAUACUGGUGCUUCCAGGAAGAAUAUCAUGUGAGAAUCCUGGUGAAAUAUUCAUUCUGUUGAAAGAUGAAAUAGAUGAUGAAACAUUAGAAAUUGAAUUCAUAGCAGGUAAUAAACGAAUUAGGACGCAGCCAACCUCUUGGAAUAAAAAGGUCAAGUACGUGAAAGCCUUAGAUUUUUGUGCUGGCCCUGUAUAUAUAAAUGUCUACUGUGGGGGAGUCAUUAAGACCACAGCGCAGAUAGAGUACUAUACUGCACUAGAGGAGAUGGAGCACAUUUUCAAGAAGGUGGCUGACCCAAUAGCUUUCACUUGUCAGGCUUUUAAAUUUUCUUCUGUAGAGAAGCUGGACAAUGUUCUGACUUGGUUAUUGAAAAGCAAAAUAUCUACUUAUGAAUUCAGCCCAUUCCAAAGUGAAGAAGAGCACCAUCAACAAACUAGUAGCUAUUUGGAAGAAUUUCCUACUCUACUUCACUGUGCAGCCAGAUUUGGAUUAAAGAACCUUGCAACAUUUCUACUCAGUUGCCCUGAGGCCUCAUGGGCUUGCAAAAUAACCAACAAACAUGGAGAAGAUCCAGCAAAUAUUGCUGAGAAGCACGGGCACAGGGAACUAAGAAAAUUAAUCACAGAGUUGUCAAUUAACACAGCAGAUAACUUCACCAAUUGCAAGAAGGAAGCAGAAGAAGAUGACACUUACAUGCUUAUGUUAGCCUCAGAAACCCAACGAGCUGUGACAUUAAAAGCCACGCAGAACCCAGGAGAUCAAUGUGGACUUGGAUCAAGGUGCCAACAAGAAGCUGAGAUGGAUGAGGGAAAGAAAGAUGAUGUAGAAGACAGCAGAAAGGAGACAGAACAUGAAGAUCAAGAAGAGGAAGAUUCAUACAGCUUUCACAACAGUCCUGACAAUUUGUAUGCCAGCAUACCUGAUGACCUCAAAGAGAACAGAAGAGGCUGUUUUUCCUGUAAGGGGCCACCCCCUCCUCCCCCUCAAAAUCUACCUGGCAUCCUAAGACAGGACGAUCUGCACAAUUUAGCACAAGAGAGGAAUUUUGUGGAGGACAGAAGUGAAAGAGAAUGUGGUGGUGGACUCAUAACGGCACGCUACAGAGAAGACCAAGAUACAUGCGAGGGAGAUGGCGAGGAGGAAGACCCGUACACUUUGGUGAAACUGGAUGAAUCUCUGUAUGAUUUCGUACUGGCUGAAGAGGAGGAGGAGAAAAGGAAAGAACGCAGGUCAUUUAUCAUGAACAGGCCACCAGCCCCUGCCCCUCGUCCCAUGUGUUCACUAGUCAGGGAUGAGAACACUCCCUAUAUAGUACAAGUGUUCCAGCAAAAGGCCACCCGAGUGCCCGGUGACAACAACAGGACAUACUGCAGGAAGCCCGCACACAGAGGCCACACUGACACAGUAAUUGAUAGCACUGUGAAACACAACAUCCCUGCUGAACAGGAAGACCUCAUCCACUUGCAGGAACAGGUGAAAAAGGGGGCAAUUUCUGUGGAUGAAGCGCUCGACAGAUUUAAACAGUGGCAGAAUGAAAAGCAGAUACUACAGUCUACUCAACAGGAAAAAGCAUAUCACCUUAGAGACCCCACUAUUGGAAACAGACUAGAAAAGGAAAAUCUGAAUGUCUCCAACUAGGAGCCCAACAGAAGGGGAACAGAUGCCUAAUUAACACAGCCGUCUGUGCAUCGUUUCCUCUGCUUGGCAUCCAACGCGUCUCCAGGCUGCGCCCUGACAGCCUGAGGCUCCAUCCAGCGCAUGCUGCUGUGGCGCGGCUGCGUGCGAUCAUCGCUGCACUUCAGCAUCUUGGAAUCUCACCUGGGCCAACUCUGGACGGAAUCCAGUAUCACUAAAGCAAAUUAAUAAGACUUCUGGUAAAGUCAGCACUGAAUUUCAGAUGUUUUUUCUUUGUCUUGUUUUUUUCCCCAAGAUGACAGCUGAGGUUUUAUAUAAAGAUAUAUUGCAUGUUUUGGUUCAUCAUUUUUAAACUCAUUUCAAUUUUUCCAUAAUGCUUGAUAGUUGUUUAGUAGUAGAUUUUAUGCACAAAAGAGGAAGAUCGUGACAAGUUAUGAAGAUUAUGAAGUUAUAAUACACAAAAUUUAGGUUUUACUUUUUAAGACAUUUUUCUAUAAACUUUGUAUAUACAUUUGUCUUUCCUAGGAAUAGUAGUUGUACUCCAUCACUAGUUUAAAUAAUUGUACUCAAAGCUAAUUUCUGAAGUCAAACUAUGUGUACUAAUUAUCUACUAAUGCAUUAAAGUGAUUACGAGAAUUGGG